AUGACGCAAAAUGACAGUAGUAACGAAAACACAACGACAGCAACAACAACAGCAAAAACAACAACAACAACACUGGGUAUAAUUCAUUUCAACGAUGUUUACAAUGUGGAAGAACAAAAAUCGGAACCCUUUGCCGGAGCUGCACGUUUUCUUACCGCGAUAAAUCAUUACAAUGCUGGGAGUCGCAGUUUGGUUCUUUUCUCCGGCGAUGCCCUCAGUCCGUCAAUGAUUAGCACAGUUACUCAAGGUCAACAUAUGCCCCAUAUUUUGAAUGCCAUGAACAUCGGAUGUGCAGUAUUAGGGAAUCAUGAUUUAGAUUUCGGUUUGGAUAUACUCUGCGAAUGUUUAGAACAGUGCAGCUUUCCAUGGCUCAAUAGUAAUGUUUACGAUCGAAAUACGCAAGGUUUGUUGGCAAAUACCGAAGCCUUCAAGGUGAUCAACCACGAUAAUCUGACAAUCGGAAUAAUUGGUCUGUUAGAAAAAGAAUGGGUUGCCACGCUAUCUUGUAUCGACUCCAGUGAUGUCUAUGUGGCUGACAUUUGUGAAGUUGGAAGGAGUUUAGCGAAAAAAUUAAAAACCCCGUCUGCCGAGAAUGAACAAAGACCGUGCGAUUUGGUCAUCGCUUUGACACACAUGCGAUGGCCCAAUGAUCGACUGAUCGCACAAAAUGUUCCUGAAAUCGAUUUAGUCCUCGGAGGCCACGACCACAACUAUGGGGUUGAGUGGAUUGACGGAAGCACCUCAGAUGACCCACCACAUCGAAGGGCUAUCAUCAAAAGUGGAAGCGAUUUUCGCGAGUUCUCGUACAUCCAAAUACUUUGGGAUCAUCAGAUACACGACGUGCAAGAAAUCAGGGUCGAGCGAGUUCUCGUGAAUGGACAAUGGCAACCAGAUCCGAAUUUAGCCAGUUAUGUGAGCGCAUUAACAGCGAAACUGGACCGUAAAUUGGAUUUGGUGAUUGGAACCGUAGAUACCUCGCUGGACGCCCUAUUCAGUUCAGUCCGUAUGCGGGAGACCAACGUGGGCAACCUGAUUUGCGACAUUAUUUUGACCGGUGUGAAUGCAGACGCAGUCAUGCUGAAUUCAGGUACUUUGCGGGCCGAUCGAAUCAUUCCGUCUGGAGAAUUCACACUUCGUGAUUUGACCAACUUAUUGCCAUUACUUGAUCCAUUGGUUGUACUCCAAUCUAGUGGAGCACAAAUUCUGGCCGCUUUGGAAAAUGGAGUAUCGCAGUACCCAAAACUGGAAGGACGUUUCCCCCUGGUUGCGGGAGUCCGCUUCUCAUUCGACCCCAGUAAACCGUUCGGGCAACGAAUUGACGGGACCACAGUUUCUAUUCAGGGCCAGCCGCUUGAAUUAGACAAAUCGUACCGAUUGUGUGUGAAACAUUACAUGGCUGAAGGAAAAGAUGGGUACGAUGUACUUCGGGAUUGCCCUGUCCUACUGGAUGAUGAAAACGGACCCAUUUUAAGUACGCUGAUACAAAACUACUUUCGCACGGUUCAGGUUAUAAAGGGCUUCCAAAGAUCGAGAACCAAUCAUCGACAAAGCAUCGUUUCAAUUGUAGAAAGACAGCGUCUGCUAGAACAAACCGGAAAAAAUUCACUUCCAGGAAUUUUUGAGAACUCGGAUGACCCGUGGGACAAAGCACGCUGGGUACUGAUUGUACAGCGUGAAAAACAAAAUGCCAACAAAAUUGCCCCCACAGUGGAUGGUCGAAUUCGAAAUUUGCGUGAAUCUGUUUAG